GCAGCUGACUCCGAUCCGGAUCCGCAUCUAAGCCGGCAAAUCCGCGUUACAGUCAAAUCCGUUUUACAGCUGCGAUACGGACAAGGGCCGGACCUAGGCUUCAGUGGCGGGAACGCAAUAAUGUCAGCAGAAUCAAAGCAGCUACGGGCCGGAUCCGGGGAACGAGCGCGCGAAUUUUCAUUUUCUGGAAUCUGACAGGAUAACCGCAGCUUGGGUCGAGGCGCAGGAAAAGUUUGAGGAAACAGUUUUAUUCCGGUACGUACAAGACACACAGUGCGGUUAAACUGUGUUAGAAGUAAAUUAAUACCUUUUUGAUUAUGGUGGGUCGUUAAUUGUUAAGUUAAUCUUAAAAUGUGUGACUUUUGUCGCUAUAUAGUUUGUUAACCGGCAACUGAUCUGACUGUUAGCUAUAGCUCUUACUAAAAUAAGCGUGGGUCGGUUAAUAAAAGGUAACUGAGAGUUAUAAUACCAUGAAAUAUGUUAUGUAUUUCAAUUAAUUGUGUUCUUCGGGUGAUUUAGUAGAUUAAUCGAGAGAAAGUGCAGACAUUUGACAUUCAAUAGCAUACUCUCUCCGUUUUAGGUUCGACCACAUAUCCAAGGGCACGUUUUUGGUGAUACAGACUCGGACAAUGAACUAGAAGUGGGUAAAAAGAGGAGAUGCAGCAGUAUCUCCUCUGCACCAGCACCACCUAUUCCUCCACCUACUCCUGACAUACCCUCUGAUUCAGCUUGCCAGACCUCUACUGGACCUCUGCUAAACCUGAGGCAUACUGAAUAUCCCUGUUUUACGACUGUGCCACCUGCCCCCAUUACGACACUUGGCAUGCCUUCCAGUCCUCUUCACCACUUCUCCAUUAGACAUUCUGAACACGGCCGUUACACAGCUCCAGUGCAUGCAGUUACCACCCCCAUCUCUCACAUGCCCUCAAGCUCUAUGAGCCAGGUCUCUGCUACACCUAUUUCUGAAGAACAUCAAGACCAUUCAUUUAACCCCAGGUUUAGACUGGGGAGGACAGGCACUGGACCUAUUCCUUGCUCUGCCGCUCAACUGCACAUCCUAACAUUGUUGGAACAUAUCAAGGAACAGCAGAUGCAGCUUGCUGCUAUCGUUAAUAAUCUUGCUGCACGUAUGGCGACAGACACUGUUGUUGCUGAAAUGCCUCCCAAUAUCAGUUUGCCACUGGCCACCAUGUCUGAAGUUGAGGAGUUGGAGGAGUGGCUUAAAGAUUCAAGAAACUCGCAUGCUAAGCAAAACAUGAUUUCUGCUCUGGGUGCUACAGGAGGACAAAACGCUAAACGAGUCACAUGGAACAUACUUUCAAGGCUUUUCUCAGAUGCAGUAGCCAAAAAAAUAAACUGGAAAGGAGUUAAUGGGAAAAAGUGCUUUAAAGAAAUGCAUACAAGAAGUUUGUUGAUCAGAGCUGUAAGGAAGAACCAGUCUUCCUCCGGUGUAGCAGAUAGUGAGGUCGAUUCUUACACCAUCCGUUGGUUUAACCUGGCGUCUGACCGUGGAGGUGGCCGGAAAGAACGUGCAAGAGCCAAAGAGGCAUCAACUGAGGUGAAAUUUCUAUGGAAGAAGCAUUAUGGCAGUGUGUGUUUUUUUAGCUUUGAUUUUUGCACUUGGUUCAAUUUUAAAAAUGUAACUUGGGUUGUCUUGGUUAUUCUGAGACUUAGACUUGACUCGUGUUCACAACAUAGUACAGUUAGUAUGUGGAAUCAUAUUCUGAGCAAUAGGUGCUGACCUCCAAAAGGAAAAGGACAUUUAGCAUUUAAUGUCAUACCCUGCUACAAUAACAGUGCUCCCUGAAUGCAGCUGCAGCACAUUUGUAUGGCAAGAUAUAAUAUUACAGUAUAACCAUACAAAAUGUAUUUCCUAAACGGCUGUCUGUAGCUGGGUCAUGCAGCCACUUGACACUGAGCGAAACUUUAGCCUACCGUAAAUUGUAUUCUGGACCAGCAAAAUGCACCGUUAUCUUGGGCCCGGGUGACAAAGCAACACCAGUGCUCUACCUUGCUGCCAUGGUUAAUGCGCUUUGAUGUUUUAUGUUUCAAUGAGAGGAAGUGCCAUGUGAAUGCAGUGCACAGUGCAGGAUUCAAGUGUGGCUGCCUGAAUUAGCUCACAGGUGUCACGUCAUUUAAUGCAACAUUAUAGAGGUAAAGUUUACAUAACAUUAAAAAGCAUGUUCGUAAGACAUGAUCAAUACAUUUAAGAACUAUAAAAAUAAGAUAUUUUAAGACUUAAGGACCCGUGUAAACCCUUUUAGAAACAGGAGCUGGACGACAUAAAAACUUCAUUUACCUGAAAUGAUUGAACAUCGGUUAAUCACCCACCUCUCCCUCAUGUCACCUAUAAAUCAAAUUUGAUUAAAACUUCAGAUCACUUUUGUUUCAUAGCCUUUGUACUUUUUUGCCAGUAUGAAUGUGAAAUGUCUCCAAAGAGGUCUAAAGAGAUCUUAGUCUUAAAUUUAACUUUUUGAAACUUAAGAAGCCCUGAAAUUUUAUUGUUUUUGGCUGAAAUCUUUAAUAUUCAACUAACAGCUUUUUUUCUUGGUCUUUUUGU